AAGAAAAAGAGCAAGAAGAGCGCUUGGUGAAGUUCAAAACGGUUGUGGCGGUUGAUUCCGAGGUGUUGUUUUUAGAAAACUUAUAUUAUUUUUGUUAUUAUUCGAUUUAUUUUAACUUAAAACGGUGUCAAAAAUGGUCCAAACGGAGAACAUUGAAAAAGUCUACCUGUUCGAGAAGGAUCGCGUCAACAGUUUCAAAAAGUGGCCCUAUUCCGGUUCCAGCCCGUGCAACAUCCAGAAGAUGGCCGAAGCCGGUUUCUACUGGCAGGGUGACGACAAGGAGGACGAAGACACCUCCGUCUGUUUCGUGUGCGGCAAGGUCCUGGACGGCUGGGAGGAAUCUGAUGACCCCUGGGAGGAACACAAGAAGCACGCUCCCCAGUGCCUUUUCGUGAAGUACGGUCGACCAGAGGCGGAAAUGACGUGUGAGGAAAUGCUUAACCUGCUGGAGGUCAUUCUGAAGGGACGGAUUCAGAGCAGCUAUACCGCCCUGAAGGACUGCCUUAAGGCCCACAUCGAGAAGAAACGCAAAGAGAUGACGAAACAGUUGUCGAAGAAUUAGAUUUUUUGUAUUUAUGUUUGCUGUAGACUGCUUGAUGAUAAGGUAUUUAACAAUAAGGACUAGUUUUGUAAUUGCACAAUAAAACGUAAGCAUUUUUUAUGAUUUGAA